AUGGAGCUUCCAGAUGAUGAUAUGCUGAUGAUCUUGCGAUCCUCCCACGAGGAUUUUUUCUCUCACACAGUUUCUAUUUCGGGGAUCAACGAGGAGAACAAGGAAUUCGAGAAUGCUGAUGAAUAUAAAAGUUUGUUUGGAGGACUAAAGACUUCUUCGAUAACAACAGGACUUCGAUUUGUAAACGAUUUCGCUCAAUUAACGCUGAAAUGGAGUGGCUCAACUGCGAUAUGUCUUGAAAGAUUGAUUCUCAAGCUUCCGAAUGGGAUGCAAGCCGAUUUGAUUGCAAAGGAGAAGAGAAACGCAAAUUAUAUUUGGUUCAGUACUAAGUGCGAUGAUUUUAUCGACAGGAAAGAGUUUGAAAUAUCAACGAACUGUCGUCAAACUUCAAACUACUUCUUUGAUUACGAGUGGACGUCUUGGGCCGACUGGGGAAGCUGUUCAAGCUCAUGUGGACUUGGCACCAGGCAACGAAGUCGAUCUUGUGGCCAAAAGAAGCAGAAUUAUAAUGAAUUUGCAGCUAUUCCAAGCGAAAGAUUCACCGUUUUGCCCGUUGAUGAAGUCCGACUUUGCGCCAAUCUUGAGGAGGACUACAUCGAAAACCAGCCUUGUUUGAAUUCAACCUGUCCGGUUAUCACUGAAUGGUCGAACUGGUCUGAUUGUUCUGAGACUUGUGGUACUGGAGUUCUUUAUCGCAAUAGAAAGUGUGAAGUGUCUGGUGAUGAAUGUCUUGGUGGAGAAUUUGAAGUAGAGAGUUGUGAAACAAAUGAAAAGUGUGCGACUGCAGUGUCACCUGAAAAUGUAACCAUAGACAAUAUGACAGUGUCAACAGGAUCUACUACAGUUUCUCCAUCGACAGAGGAAGCUAGUGACUGUGUUUGCGAAGAACCUGAAGUUAAAGAAAUCAUCAAAGAAGUCGAUAAAGUUAUAGAAGUUGAGUCCGAAGAAUGUGAAGCAUUGAAAAGACAGGGACUUCCACCAUGUGUUUAUGAAAUCAUGCAGAACAUGACGUAUAUAAACGGAAAAAGUAAUCUUUUGUUCGACCAAAGUGCUACGUUCAGCUUCACUUUGGACAAUGUCAGAAUCCCCUAUGCUCUUGAUGGCAACGUGACUGACAUGCUGAUGGAAAUAUCGAGAAAUCUAACCGUCGUUACCCAGAACUUGACUUUAUUUAGUUACAACUUGACAGACCCAGUAUUUGAAAAUGUAACAAUUGGUGAGACUCAAAUUUGGGAAUUCGGUUUGACAAGAGCGAAUCUUGAGGCCAGAAGGCUUUCAGAAUCAAUUCUAUCAUCUGUCAGUGGGAUUAUAAGAGACGAAGUGGAGUUGCUUGUUGAGAGAGCAAAUCUAACAGUUAAUCAGUCAAUAGAACUCAUCGAUGUGAAGCAAGGAGACCGGCUGUAUACUAUCGCCAAGCUUCAAAAAACACGAGAUGAUGUAGGAAACAUAACGUGCGAGGUGGACAGUCUUUUUGAACGAUUUGUAGUCGACUUUCUUGUUGACGAACCUAAGCGCAUCAAGCAUAUUAUUAACGAUGUCAAUUCAGUAAUCGACGAGCUAGAAGAGGCAAAGAGUCAAUCGAUAUAUUUUAUGAGAGCCUUAUCGACUGAAUUCAGUAGAAAUCUCACUUCAGCUAUAGAAUCAGAAAUGAGAAUGGCGGAGGAACUGAAGCAAGUAGAACUCAUUCUUAUCAACAAAGAAAAGCUGGUUGAAGAUCAAUCGGAGAAGAUAGACACCUGUGGGGCCAAUCUUGAAAGUACUCUUGAAAAAUAUUUGGAUUGUCGGGUUCCAAAGAGGAUGAUGAACGGAUCGAUUUACGGAACAGACUCCUAUCUUCAGCCGGAAAAGAAAAUACACGAUUCGCUCCAAAACUUCGUUCCUUCUUAUGGCACUGAAAAUGGAACAUUCACUUGUCCGAAUUUCUGGAAUUACAAAAACUCUCUUUUCUACGUUUUCAAUACUAUCGCCGUUUUGGGGAGCAAAGACAUGGAGCCCUUCACAACAUCGGGAAAGGUUUUCAAGGACACACUAUCUGGCUGGAGCAAGUGGACCGAGUGGUCGCAAUGCUCGAAGCGUUGCGGCAGCGGGAGACGCAUGCGUUAUCGGACUUGCCGGACGAACCUCAAAGCUGCUUUCUCAAAAUAUUUAACUGGCGCAAUUACCUUUCAUCAAUACCUAAAGCGAACACCAACCUGCUUUGGCCAGCCUCUCGAAUACCUACCUUGCAACGUACACUCGUGUGGGUUGGCAUGGAGCCAGUGGGAGUCCUGGUCUACCUGCUCAAAGACUUGUGGGUUUGGAGGUCAGCAGGCUCGUCUAAGAUCAUGCAAGCUCGAAAGUCCCAAUUUCGGAGUAGCGAGUGGAGAAUUUUCCGGAAAUCUUGCGAUGGAAUUGUUUCUCAAGACAUAUUCAAAAUGCCAAGGAAAUGGAUUAGAAAGCCGAAAAUGCUCUGUGAAAGUUUGUCCUGCUACGCAUAUCAAACAGAAAGCAGACUUAUUGGAACGACUCAAGCCUAGAAGCGAGUCGUUUGAGCUCUCCAAGUCUGGAUCCUUCGAUUGGAUGGACUUCUUGAUGAUCCAGACACUAUCGAACGAUAUCAACUUUGAUUUGUCAGCCGUUGUUGAGAUCAACUUAUCCGAAAAAGAUAAUCAAUGGAGUGAGCAUCUUCUCAACCUCUCUCAGCCCAGUUCACAAAAGCUCAAUCUUUGUUACUCGGCCGUGUUUCUGUUGAUGAAGAUUAUGUUGCACUUCUGA